AUGUUCUUCCCUGGGCUCUCGCGCCAGCACGGUGCUCCCGAAGCUUCUCCGUACGACGACGACAGAGACCACAGCUUGGUGGUGCUCCUGACCUUCGCCAUCUUCUUCUCCUUCGUCGUUCUCUACCUCAUCGCCGGCGUUCUCUGGGCCUCGGUGAUCACCGCCUUCGCGGUCGCGGUCUCGUUCUGCUACCUCAGCGCCCGCCGGCGUGCUGCGCUGAGGCGCGGCGAGGUCGUCGCCGUCAGCGUGCGUCUCGCUCGGAGCAACGGUGGCCUGCGUCAUCCUGACCCCGCCGUGUCAAGGCUUCCGACGUUCCCGUACAAGAGGGAGGGCGGCGGCGGCGGCGACACGGUGGCAGCUGGGUCGGGGUGGGCGCAGUGCGUCAUAUGCCUGGGGCUCGUGCAGGUCGGCGAGAUGGUCCGGCAGCUGCCGGCGUGCAAGCAUAUGUUCCACGUGGACUGCGUCGACGUGUGGCUGCGCUCCCACUCGACGUGCCCUAUCUGCCGGGCUGUCGUCGUCGAGCUCACCGUCGGGCAGUCAUCUGAGCCGCCUCCCGUUUGA